AGCACUGUCCAUGGCCAAAGUUGAUAGCGGCUUUGUUUUGUCACAUUCAAGAGUCGCUCUUGACAUUGACUUUGUGAAUAGUUCUGUUCAGGGAAUUGUCGAACUUACUGUCACUCCGCUUGUUUCUACUUUAACGGAACUCUAUUUGCAUUGCCGACAAUGUGUUAUUCUGAGUGUCAAAGUUGAUGGAAUAUUGGCGUCGUAUGUACACACUGAUCCAGAUGAGGAUCUAAUCAACUUUGCAAAGGCAGGAAGUUUUUCUAAACUCUCUGAAAUGCAUCUAAGCAAUUCUAAGAAGCCUGAUAAUGGAGAGCUUUAUAUUCAAGUUCCUCCCGAGCUUGAGUGUGAAAAGAUGCAAUUUGAGCAAGCAACACUGGAUAGUUCAGCGUGCUACAGAAGUUGGACCUUGGUUAUUGAAUAUAUAAUUCAGCAGCCCGAGGUCGCAAUCACAUUUGUGGUAUCUCCGACCGAUGUUGUUCCUGAAAAACGAGCGUAUCCACACAUGUUUAUUGCUCCAGUGCAUAACCAAGCCCGCUGGUGGAUGCCAUGCACUGACAAGAUUCAUGAUCGACUCACCUACGAAUUUGAAAUCACUAUACCUCGUACAGUGAGCGAUGUUUACUCGUUAUCGAAUGGAUAUGCAGAUAUCAAUCACAAUGGUUUAAAAACACUCAGCCAGCGGCAGUCGCGCGGGUUAGAUCACUCUUUAAAAAUGGUAGCUGUUUGUAGCGGAGAGCUUGUUGAGCAGUUUGUGCAUCCUGAAAAUGCUUGCAAAUCAGUUUGGAUAUACUCAAUACAGACUGCCAUGGAUGCAGCAAGUGUUAUUCUUGCCGCUGGACCAUUUGAGAUUCUUCCUAUUCAUGGUUGGGGUCGACCGACAUUGACUACAUUGAGAAACACCGAGUCUGCGCUUUCCGAUGAAGAGUUAUUUGAGAAUGGAAUUCAACGAGUAGGAGGAAAAGGCCUUAUUUUUGUGCUUCCCGACUAUAAGCGCGAUAUUCGAGUUAGCACGUUCUUUUUAUCACAGGCUCUGGAGUUUUUUGAACAAUGGACUGGAUCUUCAUUUCCCUUUUCCUCUUUUAAAUUGGUGUUUGUAAAAGAAAGCUACCCUUCGAUUGUUACGGGAAGCACAAUAGCUCUUGCAAGCGUGGAUAUUUUGGUAGACGAAACAAUGAUCGAUCAAGUGUACGAAACCCGGCUGCAUUUUGCCAAAUCCCUUGCAUCACAGUGGUUUGGUCACUACAUGGCACCAAAUAGAUGGACUGACGUGUGGGUACUAGUAGGGUUUACCAACUGGUUAGCAGCACUAUUUAUGAGAAAAAUGUUUGGAAACAACGAGUUUAAGUACAGAUUACAACAGGAUAUCAAUCGAGUUUGCGAACUAGAUGUCAAUCAACCACCAUUGUGUCCAGACGUGUCAAUUCUAGGAGGGGCAAUUGACGAAGAUGGAUCACCUGCUGCGCUUACCAUUAGUAGUUUGAUUUCACGAAAUUUUUACUCCAAUGAUAGCACAUUUUCAGCUCGUACCGAGUUGAUGAUGCUCAAAUCUCCUCUCGUGUUGAACAUGCUUGAAAAGCGAAUGGGAAAAAAUCUUUUACAAAAAAUUGCCAAUAAGCUCAUGGUUAGUGCCAUGUCGGGAGAGUUGCCCACAGGCCUUUCAACUACCCACUUUCUUAAAAUGGUGCGCAAAAUCAGUGGAAAAUUGGAGACAAAGGAAUUUGCAGAUCAAUGGAUUUUCAGGAGUGGAUGUCCCAUAUUCACUAUUCGCUAUCAUUUUAAUCGGAAAAAAAUGGUAAUCGAGCUGCGGGUUAAACAAGACUGUUCUAAUGUAGAUGUUAUUGGAGCAAAUCAGCGGUUUUCAGGUGCAUUCAUGGUUCGAGUACAAGAGCCUGGCGGUACGUUUGAUACAGAGGUUCGCAUUGAAGAAAAAACAAAACAGUACGAUAUUAUUUAUCAUACAAAGUACAAGCGGAUUCGUCGCCGUGCUGGAAAAAAAUAUAAAAAAGUAGCAGACAAUGAUGAUGAUGAUGACGACGAAGAUGUUUACUAUAUGGAGGAAGAUGAGAAGGCAAAUGAUGCCAUAGCUGAUGCUGAGGCUCAAAACCAAGAUACAAAUGGAAACUUUAAUAUUAUCGAACCAGAUCGAAUCACAUUUGAAUGGAUUCGGCUGGAUCCUGACAAUGUAUGGAUAUGUACAAAAACAUUUGAACAAGAGGAUUUUAUGUGGAAUGCUCUUCUUCGAAAAGAAAAGGAUAUUGGUGCUCAGAGCGAGGCUAUCGUAGCACUUUCAAAAAUCCAAUCUCUUGCAUCACUAAAUACGAUUACCACGUUUGUUCGAGAUCACUCUCAUUUUUAUCAUUUGAGAUUGCUUGCCGUCAGUGUGCUUUCCAAGUUUGACUCGGACGAGCUAUACAGUACUGCUUUAGGAAACUUAAUCAAAAUAUAUCGUGACAUUUUUUGUAUCUCAUAUGACGGUCCAAUUAUUCCCAAAAAAAACAACUUUUCUUCAUUACAGGACUAUAAACUACGCUUGGAAAUUGUUCGCUCACUUGCCAAGUUUGUUGAUGCGCGCGGAGCUACACUUCCUGUUGUCCGAAUGAUGUUUGUAAAUCUCUUAAAAUACAAUGACAACUCUGGAAACGAGGUAAAAAUAGCUGCUUGCACUGAAUAUAUUCUUAUGUCAGUUUUUUUUAACUAUCAUUAUAUGCUAUACCGUGGUCAAUUCAAGUAUUCUGAUGGAGAAUGGGUUUCACUUUUAGUCAAGUUGAUCGGAGAUGCUUUUAUUAUUCGUCCUAGGCAAGAUAUGUCAGCCCACGCUCGAACAUCAAAGCGAUCUGUUUUGUUGGCAUCAACUGAUGUUGAGGAUUUUGAGAUAUUGGCAGGCGAUAAACAUUUGAAGGCACAUAUGUCUGAUUCAUUACAAUCUACACUGUCACCCGAAGAUCAGCAGUUAUUUGCUGAGGCACAUGUGCAGAUUCUACGACAGUUUGUUCGUGAUAAAGUCAUUCCUUCCCAUCAAAAUGCUGUUACUGUUAGCUGUUUAGAGACACUUCUUAAAUGGCAGCUUGUUGGGUUACUUCCUAUUAAUCUCAUGCUGUUUCUUGGCUAUUCGCGAGUUGGAAAUUUCAUUUCGAUUCGACGAAUGGCUGUGGAGUGCCUUAUUGUACUUUCAUCUAUGGGAAAUAGUGAUAUUACCGAGUAUCUGGUAUACCUUGUGUUUCACGAAUCUGAUAGACAGUUUCGGUACAACAUAUUUAAGAGUAUGGUUAGUUUUUUCUCUAUAUCGAUGUAUGGUCACAAACCUAGCGUCACCAUAGAACAGGCGGUUACUACAUUGUCUAAACAUGCAGUUUUUUUGGCUAGUCGAACUGCCAAAGAAAUUCGUUCGCCUACAUCACCUCGCCUGUGGCUAUUAUUUUUACGUCUAUCUGAAAUGGCUGCGGAAUGUUUAGAGUCUGAUCCAGAGUUGUAUCAGUUGGCGAUGGCUUGCGCUUCUACUGUACACCCCUCAGGGAUCACAUUGACAUUGUCACAGUCUUUAUUAUCAGGCAAAUUCAAUCAGAAUUUGAAAAAUCAGGUGCCAGCAUACUCCCAGGCAAAUACAUCAUUUCAUUCAUCCAUGGAGGGUGUAGCUGUCGUUCCGUCAACAUCGCGAGCACCACUUCGAAUGACAUUUUCUGGUUCUAAUUCAUCUGUCUCUCAAAAUCAAGAAGCCGAGACUUUGCAGAUGGAUAUGAAUAUUUCUACUCCUUCAAGUGAUCAAAAAUCAUCAGUUUUUUCAAAUUCAAAUUCAGUUUCUGAAACAGGAACAAAGAAAAGGUCCAUUCGAAAUCGUCUAAUCCAACAAAGAGCCCAAACUGAUGAUUCUAGUCCGGCAAAGUCCUUUGUAUCAACUCCUGUGGCAGGAAAUACGAUUUCGACAGGAUCAGCUAGAUCUAGACAGCAAACGAAUUCAAACACAAGACUAUCGUUCAACACGACAUCAAUCUUACAGGCACAGUCACUCGAACGGAUGAUUUUAGAUGAACUUAUGAUACGAAAAGACGCGGCCAUUUUUCUCUAUCCAGUGGAUGCUACAAUGUACCCAGACUAUUAUGAAAAAAUUGAGUUUCCGAUUGAUCUGCAUACAAUCCGUGAGCGUGUACAAAAUAGUGAAUACGGGUCAUUUCAGGACUUUGAGAAGGAUAUUCACCAGCUUUUUACAAACUGCUUUAUUUACAACAAAAAAGGCACUAUGGGACACGCUGUAGGAAAGUCUUUGGAGGCAUUCUACAGCCGGCGGAGCAAGAAAAAAGAUGGAAUGCCUACCAAAGGGCAGAGGAAUGUUGGGUCGCUUUUCACCACAUGGGACAUUCCACAAUUUCCAAAGAGUCUUCCAAUAGCCAUUGCUCGUGCAGAGCGACGAGAGCAUAUUCGGCUUCAACUUCAUAAACUUCAAAAUAAACGCUCAUCCUUUGCAUCUGGUGCGUUGGGUGUUCGACAGAGAUACAGUCGUGUAUUAGGGCAGAUUGGAUAUGAACAACUGCCUCUGCUUCCGUUACAAGAUAUUCCUGAAGUAGAGGUGCAUCGAGAUAGACGAUUACAAGCUGAUAGCAUUAUUAAUACCAAUACCAAUAUCGAUAAUUCAAUCCAGCAAAAUGCCGAAUUUGAGUCCGACACUGUAGAGCUUAGAGAAAAUAUACGAGCCAUCGUGACAGAUAUCGAGUCCUUGGCAUGGCUAUCUGCAGAGGAGCGACAGCAGCUGGUAAAAAUGAUCUCUGCUCAACAGCUUGCUGGAUCAACUAUUGAGCUUUGCUAA